UUUCCCCUGACUUUGUUUGUCCCUGACUUCACCAGGUCAACGUACGCACAUAACAAACAGCAUCCACACAAAUACCCAUUGGGAAAUAUUGAUAUCGAACCAUUUUCCACGCAGUGUGUUCUAUCCGUAUUAACCGGGGAUGCUUUGCAAUUGACUAAUUUUAGGGCUAUCGAAAGAUCCGACCAAGAAUGUCCCACCAAGAAGGGUGCUGGAAAUCAUCAAACACCUGGAUCGAGAGCUGUCUUCGUUAGCCCUUUGUUGAAUGCGGAUCGUAUUCAUAGCCUCACUUUGUCGUUCGACGAUGCUCUUUCACUUGCCAUGGACUCCUUGCAACCUGCCUGACCAUUGUUUGCUCCCAUGAUGAAUUUCUCCCAUGCGAGAUAGAAACGAUCCAAAACAACCCAAACAACCCAAACAACGAUCGCGUGGACUAUUUUCAACCCUUCUUGGUGAUUGACUACUACGUCAACUGUUUCUCUGCAUCCUGCAUUCCAUUUCUGACGUUGAGUACCGCCAGGCGGCCGCUAACCCCAUGGCCACCGCUUCACUCUACACCGCUCCGUUCCGGUGAGCUUAUCUGGUUUCUUCGCCUGGGUCAGAGUACGUGCUCGAAGGAUCUUCCUUACGUGCAGUAAAUCAAGCAAGCUUAUACAUCAUGGAGGUUUACAUCAGUGGGAAAGAAAUAUUUGUCCUGGUAUACUUACGUUUCAGGGUGGUCCUACUCCGAUGGAAACCUAAGCAUCUGCAGGGAGGAGAUACAUAAAUACAAACUUUGCUCGAAGAUGAACCAAUUGGGACGUUUGUAGACGUGACGGAUUUUUGCGGAGGAGAGGAAAAGGUAAAAAGAGUGGGUGGUAACUAGGACCUCAAAUUCCGCCCAGCUACCGCUUUCCGUUUAUUGACCCUGGCGACAGCGUUAAAUCAGUUCAUUUAACUUACAGUCGAAUCAUCAAACCCACAAAAAUAAACACAUCUGACACUCAUCUUCCGUAAAACCAGAUGAUCUAGAUUUUUUACACGCCAAAGCGCCGCCCGGAACAUAUAUAUAUUACCCAUGCCAAUCCUAUCAUGUGGGAGGGCCACCCCAGGCACUUCGCGUACGGGGGAUUUUUAAAUUUCUCGAGGCACACUCAACAACAGCAUUGGCUGGAAUAAUCGGAACUUCUAUUUGUCACGGUCAUGUCGCCCCUGUCCUGGAUUGAUGUUGUGGUUGUUCUCGUUAGGCCUUAACCCUCCCCGGAGUUAUUUGGCUAGCGAUUGGCGCACGUAGAACAUAUGACAGCGGCAACGAGAGGCAGGGUCGGGAAGGAAGUUGGAAUCUUAUUGGACCAGAAUGGGCAGGAAGGCGAGGCUGUGGGAUGUGAUUCCCGCGAACAUUACAUUGUGCAUUAUUUGAUAGAGCGGGGUGCCAGGAAAGCCGGGGUUCAUGCCAACGUCGUUGAAACUCUGCCCAACCUUUGCUUUCAAUUUCCUUUGGCCAUGUCUGGGAAUUUGAGAAUCUUCCAGCUUCCUCUGAAUAUUAUGUCUCGCCGGGUGGUGCAAUAGUUUGCAGUCGAUUUCGUACGAACGACCGUAAACAUCUUCGUUUUCCGAUGAAAGGGCAUUUUGCUUGCAUGACAAGACUGAGAACCUGACACCAGAGUUGCCGGCAGAGGUUGCAAGGAGAAGUAACAACCUCUUCAGUUACUCUAUCUAAACGUGGAGGGUGCUACGAGAAGUUUUGCCUCAGGAAGUCUUUAUUGAUCAAGGCAAGACCUACAUCGGAAAAUACGAUCCCGUACAGCUCCUAGCCAACAAAAUGAGCCAAGACCAUUCUGGUUUUGACAUCGUGGAUAGUUCCAAGUUGACACGACACCACUACACAGGGUAGCCGGUUAUGGCAAUGCUUCUACAGUAUCCUAUCUUCCGAAGAAGGGAGCCGAUGCACUCGCUCAAACGCCGGGUGGCAAAACUGCGUUGGAGAUAGCCCUUUGGCAGGACCAUCUUUUGGUAGUACAGCGUAAGAGAGUUGCUCAAGGUGAGCUGGCCGAGUUUUGACGCCACGGGCCGAAUUUCGCUAGAUAAGAUCGUUGAUCAACUGAGUAAUGAGUAAUCGUGAGUGGAUUGAAAAGUGGAUGCUGGAUCAUGAUCUUCCGCCAAAAUUUUGGAUGGAGAUUUUCACCAGCCUUCGGUGCGCUCAUCGAAUCCUGGAAAGCGCGGGUAAUCUGAAGUCUUCUCCAGGGGAUCAAGGAUUUGAGACACCAUUUAGCCGUCCAGCGGAUUCUGACUUUUGCGGGGCAUACUACGAAACUGGAUGGCUUAGAACUGGAGGUGCUUUGUGUAACUUAGGCAGUUUUCAUAAAUUAUUAAUAAACAUUCUACGGAGUAUAGUAGUAAUAAUGUCUA